UGCCAAGCUGGGAACCAGGGAGAUGGCUGACACCGACCCCAAGAACGUGCAGGACCUCACCUCAGUGGUGCAGACGCUCUUGCAGCAGAUGCAGGAUAAAUUCCAGACCAUGUUGGACCAGAUCAUCGGGAGAAUCGAUGACAUGAGCAGUCGCAUCGACGAUCUGGAGAAGAACAUCACCAACCUCAUGACCCAGGCUGGGGUGGAAGAACUGGAAGGUGAAAACAAGAUUCCAGCCACACAGAAGAGUUGAAGGUUGCUGAUGUUUUCCACUGAAAUCUGGAGCAUCGUCUUCUACGCCAGGAAAAGCAAGUGGCUUUCACACCUACCUGCCCUGCCUGGCUGGGUUUAUCUUCCAGAGCACAUUGCUACAAUGUCCUGUAAAGUUAUAGAGUCCGCCCCCCCCCAAGUUUCCCAAACAUGGUGUCUUCACAUCUAGACACUUGGUCAGUUGUCACCUAAUUAUUAAACACUGAAACUUUGGUAGUUCCUGCAUAAAGUU